GCUGCCUGGCAGGCACGUCCGACCGGCACUCCCGUGCCCACUGCGCCCGCGGGCACCAUGAGCGGCCGAGUCGGGGACCUGAGCCCCCAGCAACAGGAGGCGCUGGCCAGGUUCCGGGAGACAGUCCGAGACCUGCUGCCCACGCUGCCCCAUGCUGAUGACUACUUCCUCCUGCGCUGGCUCCGAGCUCGAAACUUUGACCUGCAGAAAUCUGAGGACAUGCUCCGGAAGCACGUGGAGUUCCGGAAGCAACAGGACCUGGACCACAUCCUCUCGUGGCAGCCCUCCGAAGUGGUCCAGCGGUACGACUCCGGCGGGCUGUGUGGCUAUGACAAUGAAGGCUGCCCCGUGUGGUUCGACAUCAUUGGGACCCUCGACCCCAAGGGGCUGCUCCUGUCGGCCUCUAAGCAAGAGUUGCUCCGGAAGCGCAUCAAGGUCUGCGAGAUGCUUCUGCAGGAGUGUGAGCGGCAGAGUCAGAGGCUGGGCAGGAAGAUCGAGACCAUGGUGAUGGUGUUUGACAUGGAGGGGCUGAGCCUGAGGCACCUGUGGAAGCCGGCGGUCGAGGUCUACCAGCAGUUUUUUGCCAUGCUGGAAGCGAAUUAUCCUGAGACGGUGAAGAAUUUAUUUAUCGUCCGAGCUCCCGCGCUGUUCCCUGUGGCCUUCAACCUGGUCAAGUCGUUCAUGAGUGAGGAGACACGGAAGAAAAUAGUGAUUCUGGGAGGCAACUGGAAGCAGGAGCUGACCAAGUUCAUCAGCCCUGACCAGCUGCCCGUGGAGUUCGGGGGGACCAUGACAGACCCUGAUGGCAACCCCAAGUGUCUGACCAAGAUCAACUACGGGGGCGAUGUGCCCAAGAGCUACUACCAGACCAACCAGGUGAGGGUCCAGUACGAGCACACGGCCACGGUGGGCCGAGGCUCCUCCCUGCAGGUGGAGCACGAGAUCCUGUUCCCCGGUUGUGUGCUCAGGUGGCAGUUCGCCUCAGAAGGGGCCGACAUUGGCUUCGGGAUUUUCCUAAAGACCAAGAUGGGGGAGCGGCAGCGGGCCGGGGAGAUGACGGAGGUGCUGCCCAGCCAGCGCUACAACGCCCACAUGGUGCCCGAGGACGGGAGUCUCACCUGUGCGGAGGCCGGCGUGUACGUUCUGCGCUUCGACAACACCUACAGCCUGAUGUUUGCCAAGAAGAUCAGCUACACGGUGGAGGUGCUGCUCCCAGACAAGGCCUCCGCGGAGAAGAUCCACAAGGCGGGGGCCCCGGCCCCGUGAGCGCCCGCCCGCUCCCCCCCUGCCGGUGCCCCCGCCCGCCCUCCCCAGCCAGGUGGCAGACCUCCCGCGUCCAGCCCACCCUGAGCGUUGGCACGGGCCCCUGGCACGCCAGAGAAGGAAGGGUCCGGCUGGGGGAACUUGCUCCUGAGGAAUGCCCCGGGCACCCCCACACCUGGCGCCAGGGCAUGGGGGAGGCCCAGCUGCAGGCCCAAAGCCCCCUUCUCUGCCCGGAGGCAGUCAGGGGGCCCUGAGGCCACUGGGCAGGACAGCCCCAGGUCUCAGCGCAGCCUGGACAACCUCACGGGCCCAAGGCGGUUCUGCUUUUGGAAGGGCAAAGACAUGUGACCCAGCGCUGAGGGGGGGGGCGUGACUCUCAGGGGCCUUGUGCCCCUCCCGUCUGCCGUGCCCACAGGAGCGCCUGCGGCGUGGAAGGUGCCAGAAGGCGGAGGGAAGCUGCUCUCCCUGACUUGUGUCUCUGCGAGGGCACAGCUGAAGGGCGGCUGUCACGCUCAGCACCGGGCAUCCGAAGCCAGCCGGGCACGGCGUCUGUCUCUGAGGUGGCUCCCAGGUGCCCACCUGCCCUCAGCACGGCCACAGCAGCCCUCGCCAAGAGCGCUGCCCAGCAGGGUGUGGCCAGGCUGCCUCCCCACUCUGUCCUCGCCCAGCCUCUUGGGGGGGGGCACUGACCGCCUGCCCCACCCUCGGCUACUGCCCAGCGCUCCUGAACUGCCACCUCACGGGUGCUCUGCUCGGCCAGCCCCAGACCCGAGUCCCCCAUACCCCCGCCGGGGUUCGCCCAACCUCAGGUCCUGGCCUUGUUUUCUCAGGGGUCUCCAUGCCCGCUCUGCGGGUGUGGGGCCCGGGGAAGCGGGGAAACGGGGUCUUCUCGGACCCUCCGUAGCACUGGGCUUGGCUGGUUGGGGUCUGAGCAGGGGCCGGCUGCUCUCACAGGCAUCUUAAGUGACA